CUCGCCGCCCUUGAUUGCUCUCGCCGCCUCGUGGUUAAGGGUUGGCGCGGAACUACCGCCACUUCUCGACCUCCAUCCUGCGCCUGUGUUGCUUUGGCAGUCGCGGAAAAAGCUCGACGCCGCACUCAGCGACACGGCCGCCGGCUGUUCGUCCCGGUCAUUGAAAGGCUCUCCCACUCGCAGGAGUGUGUCUCGCCGGAGGGACAAGGGGUUCUGUUUCUGGACGACGUCGAAUCGCUGCAGCAGCUUUAUCUCUCUUUGCAUCCUCUCUUUCCCUUCCUUCUCUACUGCACGCUAUCUUUUCAUCCGUACACUACAUCACAUCGACCGCCAUGGUUCAGUUCUACGACCUCAAGGCCGAGCGACCAAAAGGCGACGCCUACGACUUCUCGACGCUCCACGGCAAGGUCGUCUUGAUCGUCAACACUGCGUCCAAGUGUGGGUUCACACCGCAGUUUGCUGAGCUCGAGGACCUGCACAAGAAGUUCAAGGACCAGGGUCUCGUCGUUCUGGGCUUCCCCUGCAAUCAGUUUGGUAACCAAGACCCGGAGAACGACGAUGGCAUCGGCGCAUUUUGCCAGAAGAACUACGGAGUCUCCUUCGACAUGAUGGCAAAGUCAGACGUUAAUGGCUCAAACGCCAAUGACGUCUUCAAGUUCCUCAAGAGCGAGAAGUCCGGUAUUCUCGGCACUCAGGGCAUCAAGUGGAAUUUCACGAAGUUCCUUGUUGACAAGUCAGGCAAGGUCGUUCAGCGCUACAGCCCAACGACGAAGCCGGCUACGAUGGCCAGUGACAUCGAGAAGCUCCUUGGCCAGCCAACGGCUGAUGCUGAGGCCAAGUAAGCACCGCCACCGCCGCCUCUCCAUCAUGGUCAUGAUCACAAGGUCCGAGAUCAGCAACGUCCUUUUCCUCUGAAGCUGGCCUUGCCUUUUCGCUGCUCGUGCGCUGUGCGCAUGUUCUGCUCUGCUCUGCCCAAAUUACCUCAUGCUCUCACUGCUUGACGAUACGGUUCCUGUAAUGCCA